AUGGCUGAGCUCGACAAUGACUUCUGGCCCUUCGACGCGUACCCGGGCUAUAAGUUGAUGGCCCCGUGCAUGCGCGACUGCGAUCAUAUUCUCCUUUUCAAUGGCUGCGAUAACUCAGGCUGCUGGUGCAAGAAGAACAACCUCGACAGGAGAACCAGCUCGCUCGAGCGAUGCGCUUCAACAUCGUGCACGUUCGCGGACAUGAACACCGCAACGGAUGUAUCCAUUCUUAGCAGCAUCCAGCUGCAGUACUGCGUCGACAGAAACCUUAGUCCCGAGGGCAUGACCAUGCCAAGUACGGCCCUGGCGCAGCCUACGGAAAGCAGCAGCAGCGAAAGUCCCUUGGAGACGGGAGGUUCCCAAACUGGAAGCUCGGCUUCCGUCCCAGGAGUGACGGGUGGGACUGGGUUGGCGACGAGAACGAGGCCUAGCAGUGGGCCUACGGAUACUGGUGCUCCAGCCUCGUCCUCUUCCUCUACAGCUACACCAAACUCGUCCCCCUCCAAUAACGCGUCCCUCUCGACCGCCGCAAAAGCUGGCAUCGCCAUCGGCGCCAUCUUCUGCGUCCUCCUCGCCGUCCUCAUCGCCAUCCUUCUCGUCCGUCGCCGCAAGCGCACCCCCGCCUACCCCCCACCACAAUACUCCUCCGCUCCCCCAGGGGGGCACACGGUACCCGCUCCGCUGCAUGUGCAGACCAACAACGGCGCUGGUGCAGGGAGUGGAUUCAUCGCGCCUGCUCCCGUGCGCGAGGAUGUUUCCCCCAUCUCUGAGAAGACGCCUGCGUUUUCCCAAGCAAGGGAGGUCAGACCUGGCGUGGUGAGGAAGGAAGUUCCGCUGGGAUCGGCGUCACCGCCGGUACAAGCUGCAUCGCCGGCGCCGACGGAGGUGCUGGGGAGUACGGCGCCGGAGAGAUACGAGGUCCAUGGGCAUGCUGCGGCGGGUGGGAACGGAGGGCGAUGGGUGUACGAAAUGCAAGGCGGGGGCACGGGUCGGGCUGGGGCUGUUGAGCUGGGUGGUGCGGGGAGGGAUAGGGCUAGUAGGCACUGCGCAUACGUAUAUAUGCUCCACUUCAUUCUUUUCUCCUCUUGUAAAAGCUAUGGAUAUAGUGCAAGUAACCACGGUACGCAGAUGGCCUCACCACCUCGCCACACCACACACGCUCGAGACGUGAUGGGUAUAGAGAAAGACUUCGUCGCGGGUUCGUUGCAUCUGCUUGAGCGGCCCGCUGGUGCUCCCAGGGGUGCAGCGCCCCUCUUCGCCAGUUCACGACUUCGAUCGCGACGCCAAUACGAAGUCCGCAGUCCUUCCAGCAACAGCACAAAUCGCAGCCACCAGGUGGCCUUGACCUGUAUCGGAGUGACGGAAGCGUCAACAGCUCGAACGUUACGAGUGUCGUGAGCCCUCACUUCCCCGUCCACCACUCCGCCUCGCUCAGGGGACACAAGCGCUGCCGUGCCGAGCACAUGGUCAUCGGAUACAGCUUCAACAGCGGCCAAUUGUCCCAAUAAGAUCUGACAUGCUCGCAUGUCCAACAGGGCUGCCGAGUCGAAGCCUCGCUCUUACGCUCGACAUGUGCGCUCCACCGCUCGUCGGUAGCGUUUCCCGGCAUCUGCUCAUCCGUGGGUUCUCCUCCAUCAGUGCCAUGUUUUGCAAGCGGCUGCGUCGAGCGGACCUUUUACACGAGCUGCGCAAGCGCAGUUAAGGCUUCCUAGUUGGAAGUCGACAGAAGAAGCUCGGGUUGAUGUUGUGCUUGCACGUUCCAAGCUCGU